UUGGAAAGAGAAAUUCCCUCUUUUGGGCUAAGUAAAAACCCUACAGGACCUAUUUUCUGCAAUUCUUUCUACAAAUAGCAAUUCAUAAAUACAGAAAACAUUGAUUGAAUUCUGCAGAUUCUAAUCGGUGCUUAGCUUGUUUACACUCACGAAUCAGUUUGGAAUCAAUUAUUUUUUUUGCCUGCCUCUCCGUUUCUCGCUUCCCAUUUCAGUACGAGCAAGUUUGAUAAUCCAAUCCUCCAUUUUCUUGCUGAUUUCUGGUCAAGAUAUUUGCGCGUGUGAAUUUAUUGAAGAUAAUUUUUUUUCGGGUGGGAGAACGAAAACUGGGUUCAGCAUGCGUGGAUGGGAAUCGGACCCACUGUUCGCCGCUGCCGAAGUCGUUCAAGACUCUGCCGACCGUGUACACUGUACCGGGGGACAAAAUGAGGAUUCAAGUUGAAUUGGUGGAUAUCAUGAUACAAGAGAACAGAAGUAAUGUUGGAAGGAGAAUAAAAGUUGAUGUUUAGAGAAGUGUGGGGAAGACUGGCUCUUCUCUUGUUUCGUUUUUGGGGAUAUGUAGCUCUUUGUUGCAGAUGUGGCACUGCUAGUUUUAAAUCUGUCAUUAUAAGUCUUACUUGGGCUAUUAAGGAUGGAGUCAAUAUUUCGCCUUCUAUUGCAUGAACAAAGUCUUGUUCAAGGGCAUCAUACAGAUGGAAAACUCCUGAGCUCCAUUGAACAUCAUAGGCGUGCUCUUGCCACCACUCUAGAAACAGCAAAAUGGCAGCUUGAAGACUUUGAGAGAGAGGUAACUGUGUCAGCCGUAACUGACAAGUCCUGGGUGAAGCAAAAUAUGGUUGAAAGGCACAUGCAAUUUAUUGCUGCUAUUAGACAACAAAUAAUCCUUGUGGAACAAAGCAUGAAUACAUCAGUGAGAAGCUCAGUGCGGAAUAUGAACUUGAAUGAACAAGAUAGAGAUGGAUUGGCAUUGUUUCUUUCAGGUGGAAAGCCUGUUAAACACAUUGCCGACCAGGAAUCAGAGGAUAACAAUACUUUGAGAAGGUUUCUUGAUCCUGCGGUGUCAUCAAGUUCUAAGGAAGAUAUUGAUGAGAAGAAAGCUGGUGAAACUAUGAGUUUAAAUGCGAACGAGAUUGUAUAUUCAGACCAUAAUAUGGAGUUGAAGGAGAACUUUCCAACAAAACUGGAUUUGGGACCUUCAACUUCUGGUCACGAUGCUAACUAUGGCAGAUGCGAAGAAGAAGGGACUUGGGAUUUGGAAUCUAAUGAGGCAAAAGGUAGAAGUUACUUGCAGAAGAAUAAGCUGGGAGGUUACUGGCGGAGAAUGAACAUUUCUAGGUCCUUGGGAAAUUUCUUUGCCAUGCAUAAGAGUAGGGCUAGCAGAAGCUUCACGAAGAGGUUAAAAGAUGGGGAGGAACAGAGCAUCAAUGUUCACCCUGGCAUGCAGAGAUAUCUCGCUCAACUUAGGUCAGCUUUUGGGAGCAGCAAUUUUCAUUUGUCAUGUUCACAAUCUGCUCAAACUGCACAAUCAAGUUGCUGGAUUCAGGAUCAUAGAGAAAAAUGUCAAAGAUCUUUGCAUUGUAUCCAAGCCAAAUAUCAUCCUGCACUAAUUAUAUUGGCGAUGCUCUUGAUACUAUUAACUUUAAGUAUGGUGCUGUCAUAAGUUGCUCGAGAAGUUAUGAGUGGCACUGUGUGGCAGGAUGGUGAAAAUUCAUUGUGGAUGCAUUCUCAGGGUGGUUUUACCAUUUGGGGUGGUUUUAUUGUUCAUUGCACUGCUUGUCAACGAUGUUCUCUUGUUGAAAAUGGGUUCCUAUUGAUACAUGUACUUGCUGAUAAGUUCCUAUUGAUACAUGUACUUGUUGAAAAUAGCUUUACCAUUUGGGGUGGUUUUAUUGUUCAUUGCACUGCUUGUCAACAAUGUUCUCUUUUCUGUACUUUGUUCUCAGUCCUGCAAAGCAAUUUAUGCAGGAAAGAACAUAUAUAUGUUUCAAACUGAAAUUGAUUUAGCACAACAACAAUCGGUGGACCAAGUUAUGGGUGAUUAUGCGA